CAUACAUGAUAAUUUACAAAACAUAUUUCGGAUAAAAAAAAACAAAAUAAAACAAAGCAGAGGUGUCAUAGUUGCUAUGGUAACAGUAAACAACAGUGUGAAGGUAGAACCCAGUUGCUCUGAGCACAGUUACCAUGGCAACAUGUACACAAGAAGCUCAGAGACAGAGGAGACAAAAUGUCAGCAAGAAGAAAAGAAAGAGCAGAGGAGGAAAACAAGGAGGUUAUCUUAGAGGAGGAGGAGGAGGAGAGGAGUGUUGAGGAGGAGGACUAUGAAGAGCUGAUGAGGGAGGCUGCUUCCUCCACUGCUUCCAGAAGAACACCCAGACCACCCAAACUACAAAUCGUCCCCAAAAUCCCAGAAGCAGUGGAUGAUUUCCUGAGGAACUUCCUCCGGAGAGCCGGUCUGAGCCGGACUCUGAACAGCUUUGAGGCAGAGUGGUACGGCUCGGCGCAGAAACUCCUGACUGAAACUCUGAAGAUGGCAGCGACAGGCGUCCUGUUCAUUCCCGAUGCUCUCACACAUAGGCAGCUCCUCCAGAGCGAGCUGGAGACGGUCCGCAGAGAGAGGGACCUGCUCAGGCAGGACGUUCUGGUGGCAGGGGAAGGCAUGGUGAGGAUGCAGAGGGAGAGGGAUUUCCACCGGCUGCAGUACCGACGAGUCGCCGAGCACAAAAACAGGCUGAUCGAGGACCUCAAACAGAUGAAGAAACACCUGGAAUCCUACGAGCCGGCACUGAGACAGCUGGAGGACAAAUAUCAAGCAGCUCUGAGGCAGAAAAUGCAUAUCAGUUUAAAACAGGACCGAGCUCAGAACACCACAGACGCAACACUGAAUCAGGAAAAAUCCCAAAUCAAGAAAGAGAGAAGCACCAAAAGGAGCAACAGUGCUGAUGAAUCGCCAGCAAAAAGCGCCAGACACCCAAAGGACACAGAGUUCCCUGUCUGCAGCAGGCUGGUGAACCCUCAGACCAUCACCCUUCAGAAAUGGAAAAGCCCCAGCUCCUUCAGCCUUUCCUACUCCAUCAGAGCCCAUAAGCUUCCCAUCAGCUGCAUUGACCUCCAUCCACGAAAGCUGAUCCUCGCCUCCGCCAGUGAUGACCGCAGCUGGAGGCUGUGGGCGCUGCAACGCAACGGAGAGAAGGCUGGUGAGAUGGUGCUGACAGGUGAGGGUCACUCUGAUUGGCUGUCUGGCUGCAGCUUUCACCCUGAUGGAACAAAACUGGCAACAACCAGUGGAGACUCUAUGGUGCGGCUCUGGGAUUUCUCUCGUGGCUGCUGCGUGUUGACACUGCCCGGUCACAGCCAUCCCACCUGGGGCUGCACCUUCCACACGUGUGGUCACUUCCUGGCUUCCUGCUCUGCUGACAAAACCGCCAAGCUGUGGGACCUGAACAGCCAGCGCUGCCGCCUCACACUGCGUCGCCACACCGCCUCCGUCAACAGCGUCUGCUUCCUGCCCUUCUCCAACCUCCUCCUCACCUGCUCAGCUGACAAAACCCUCGCCAUGUGGGAUGCCAGGCUGGGUGUCUGCACCUCUUCCUUCCACGGCCACCAGCACCCCUGCAACCACGCCACCUUUAACCCGUCAGGCGACGUCCUGGCCUCCUGUGACUCAUGUGGCAUCAUCAACCUGUGGGACAUCAGGAGACCUGCGUUGGCGAUGGCCAUGGUAGAUGCCGGGCCACUGGCAGCCAACCAAGUGGCGUUCAGCCCAUCAGGGAAAACGCUGGCUGUCGCCUGCACCGAUGGUCUGGUCAGAGUGGUGGAGGUGGAUUCCUGCGUGGCGAGCAGCCUGUCGGGACACAGCGAUGGCGUGCAGAGCGUGACGUUCGACCACAGUGGGGAGACUGUGAUGUCAGCAGGGAGUGAUGGCAUGAUUAACAUCUGGGCGUGAAAUGAAAAACUGGAGUGAAAGCAGCUGAUGAUGCUUUAGAUGACGAUCAGAUGGGCCAACUAGGAAGUGAGCAUCGCCCUGGUUGCCUCAACAAAAAGACAACGGGAUUGUUCCGUUGGCUUUUGGAUUAUUGCAGAAAAUAAACUCUUUGGCGGGUUAAUGUCCAAAUGAUCCUUAAUAAAAAUAAAAAAUGAGCGGACGCCAUGAAGAUAGUAAAA